AUGAAUACGACAUCAAACACUGUUAGUAGUACUCUUUUGGCUCUACCUUAUCAAGCGAACAUAUUUAUUGGCUUAUUUAUUUGGGUGACAGGUAAUAUUGGUUGUAUUGGAAAUGCAAUAGUAUUUAGUUCUCGAACACUCAGUAAACGAGCUUAUGCCGUAUAUUUAUUAUGCGAAGCACUGUCUGAUUUUAUUUAUUUUAAUUUUCUAUUGUUGACACGAAUACUUCAAAAAGGAUUUCAAAUUCCAAUAACUACACAUUAUGAAAUUAUCUGCAAAUUGCGACAAUUUGCCUCCGUGUGGAAUCAUGAUGUUUCACUGAGUUUGUUUUCAUUUGCAGCAAUUGAUCGAAUUUUAUCUGCACAACGUUUGAACAAUCGAACAGAUGAACCUGUACUUGUUUUUGAUUAUUCUACUUAUUGUCCUAAAGAUCCUGCCUUUCGGUGCGAAGAACAUACGUGCCGUCCAGGAAAAUAUGAGUUUCCCUGUGGCGAUGGACAGUGUGGGACUGAGAUAAAUACAAGAUGUGAAAAUGGCCGUGACAAUCUGUUGAUCAAUGAUCUUUGUUCCAGUGCUAUGGCCUGUCUCAUGAAACUCACUGAUAAAAUCCAACAGCAAUGGUGUAAAAAAUUUUGUAAAGAGACCAAUUGCACAAGAGAUAAAUGCCCGUCGCUGUACGAAUUGCCUCCUGGUCCCAUCCUAUUCGGACAUGUACGCUUUAUCUUCUCAAACAAAGAUAGAGAAAUUGAUUCUGAUACAAUUGUUUUACCAGAUUAUGUGUGUUACGAUGAAGAACUUUGCAAGAACUUUCUUUCAUCUACAGUGCAUUUGAACGAUUCUACUUGUCGUCAUUUUGAGGAGUUAGGCCUGAGUGAAUCUUCAUAUGAUUUUCUACCUAAACUCAUAGAAGAUGUCAAAGAUCUGUUUCGUGGAUGUUUAAUAGCGCCAAGCAAGAAACAAUAUUCUAAUUAUUCAAUUAUGUAUCAAUGUCAAAACUCCACCAAAUACAUUUCAAAGCAUCGUCUUGUUGAUGGAAUCCGUGAUUGUCCGUUCGAUGAUGACGAAACAUUUAAUCAGAGCUGCUCGCUUAACGAUGUCUAUUAUCGUUUUACAUGUUCAGUAAACAACAAUGAAAAGUGCUUUGCACCAUUAAUCAUUGGAAAUGGUGUAUUUGAUUGCGAAUACGGAGAAGAUGAACGAGGGGAGAAUCAAGAAUCGAAGGAAACUCAUAUUUAUUUUCAAAGAAUAUGUGAUGGAAUUGAAGAAUUGCUACCUAUGUUAAUCGAUGGACGAUAUGAGACAGAUGAAACGGGGUGCAUAUAUUGGCAAUGUAAUAAUACUUAUACUAGAUGUGAUGGAUUCUGGUCGUGUAAUGAUGGAGCUGAUGAGGUCAAUUGUCCAUCGUCAAACUGUCCUAAGCUUCAACACACUUGUGUCUUUCCAAACGAUACAUCCAAAGUGUCAUGCUUGUCAAUUGAUCAAGUUGGUGACGGUAUUGUCGAUUGUUUAGGUGCGUCAGAUGAACGAAACUAUUGUCGAACCACUUAUCCAUUUGGUGUGAUGUACACAUUUCAAUGUUUGAACGAAACAAAAUGUAUUUCUUCUACGUCCUUGUGUGACAGCACGAGAGAUUGUUCGCUUGGUGACGACGAAGCAUUUUGUAAAAAUUAUGACUUUGUACCUCCACAAGUAUGUUCUUGGGACUCAUCAGUCGAAACAGAAGUUCAAGAUUUUCUUCAUCAUUCUUUCUGUAUCGUGUUAGUAACAAGAAAUAUCUAUUUUAUUCUGCGCAAUAUGCCCACCUAUUCGCUCGAGUUGAUAACUGAGGCGACUUCACAUGUACUGUCAACGCAGAAAAACACUCAAUCGGUUCACGACAAUCCAAUUAUUUAUAACACAAAUGCUACAGAACGGUAUUGCAACAGAGGAAUUCCAAUUUAUAUUCUUAUGAAUAAUAAAACGCACAAGUUGCACUGUCUUUGUCCACCAAGUUACUAUGGAGACACAUGCGAAUAUCAAAAUCAACGUGUCAGUGUUACAUUUCAAAUACGCACAAUAUUGGAUUGGCGCAUUGUGUUCACCUUCAUAAUCACUCUAAUAGACGAUGAGGGAUAUGUUGAAUCACAUGAUUAUUUUGAAUAUUUAUCCAUUCGAGAUUGUGACACUAAGUUCAAUGUCUAUUUACUCUAUUCAACGCGACCAAAAAAUACAUUAAAAAAUUAUUCGGUACGAAUUGAUGCAUUUAAUAAAUUGACGUUGAGUUAUCGAGCAAGUUGGAUUUUUCCACUUCGAUUUCCAUUUCUGCCCGUGAAUCGUCUAUCCACUUUAAUCGUAGUUCCUAAUUCAGAUAGUAAAUUUCUCCAAAGAUGUACACCCUCAUGUAUCCAUGGCCAAUGCUCUAACUAUGUCAAUAAUCCAAGUUCAACAUUCUGUCGAUGUGAGCCUGGUUGGUCAGGAACUGAUUGUACGAUUAAGCAUGAAUGUGACUGUGCAUCCAAUUCACUAUGUAUUGGGGAUUCCAUCUGUGUAUGUCCUCUCAAUCGAUUCGGUCCUCGAUGUUAUCUUCUUCAAUCUUCAUGUCAUCCAGAAUCGUGUGCUAAUGAUGGUCAAUGUGUGCCUGGAGAUGCACGUCACACACCUGCAGAUCUGAACAAGCCAACGUGUAUUUGUCCUCAAGGAUACUCAGGUGAUCGUUGUGAAUAUCAACUAAAUCAAACGCGAAUCGACGUAUCAUUUCACAACGAACUGACUAUUCCAUCAUCGUUACUUGUUCAUUUGAUCACAGUUCAAAACGAAGCAGAACCCAUUCGAACGAGCACAAUGAAGAAAAUCGCAUUUCAUCAAAGUUCAUUCUCAUUCUAUACCUCAAUUACAUUUAACAUUGCUUUUGCAGAAAUGUUCACCAAUUACUAUGUGAUUAUUCUUCGAGAACAAGCCAGUUCUCCAGCUACUAUCAACACACAAAUCAUUCCUUCUUAUCGAUGUCCAUCUAUUCAUGAACUAUUCAAUACGACUCUUGCUAACCAACAUUUGUUGAAACGCAUCAAAUAUUAUCAUAUUUUAUGUCAAGAACGACUCGAAUUGGUUUGUUUCUAUGAUGAUGUUCACUUCUGUUUAUGUGAUCUUGCUCGACAAGCUAACUGUUUCGAAUUCGACCACAAUAUGACCUAUCAUUGUCAUGGGUAUAACUUAUGUGAAAAUGGAGGUCAUUGCUUUCAAGAUGAUCCAAAAUGUCCAAUCUCAGUGAUUUGUGCUUGUUUUGAAUGCUAUUAUGGAUCGAGAUGUCAAUUUUCUACGAAAGGAUCAACUCUCUCUUUGGAUAUUAUCUUAGGCUAUCAAAUACGUCCCAAUGUUGGAAUUAGCCGGCAGUCCACCGCUAUCAAAAUCACACUUGCAAUUACUACAAUUAUGCUCGGUUUUGGUUUCAUUAGUAGUCUAUUCUCGUUUCUAACCUUUCAAAGGGAAAAAACACGCAAUGUCGGCUGUGGUAUAUAUCUGUUAACAUCUUCAAUCACAUCUAUGAUUACAAUGAGUGUAUUCACAGUCAAGUUCUGGUUUCUUCUUGCAUCGCACAUGGGUUCGAUCAAAAAUCGUUCCUUUCUGCAUGUACAAUGUGUAUCCAUGGAUUUUCUUCUUCGACUUCUUCUAAGCAUUGGUGAUUGGCUUAGUGCUUGUGUAGCCAUCGAACGAGCAGUGAAUGUUUCAAAAGGAAUUAAUUUCGAUAAAACAAAAAGCAAACAAAUUGCUAAAUGGGUAGUUUUGAUUGUUUUUCUUUUUACUUCAUGUACACAUAUCCAUGAUCCGAUUCACCGUCAUUUGAUCGAUGAUGAUGAAGAACAACGCACAUGGUGUGUAACCAAAUACUCAUCAUCCAUACAAAUGCUUGAUUGGUUUCUGAAUAUUCUUCAUUUUUCAAUUCCAUUCGGAACCAACUGUAUUUCGGCAUUAAUCAUUAUAAUUACUACAACUCGUACUCAUUCGAACGUUCAGAAGAAACAAUCCUACAAGAAAAUUUUACGUGAGCAAUUUCAAUAUCAUAAACAUCUAUUGAUUUCACCAUUCAUUCUCGUCCUGUUGGCUCUUCCUCGUUUGAUCAUAUCCUUUUUGUUCGGAUGUAUGAAGUCGGCUCGAAACCCAUGGUUUUAUCUUAUUGGUUAUUUCAUUUCAUUUAUUCCACCGAUGCUGACUUUCGCCAUAUUUGUCCUACCAUCGGAAAUAUACAAGAAAGAAUUCAAUGAAUCAAUAAAACGAUUCUGGAAACAAUAA